AUGGCUUCCGACGACUGGGCGUCAGGCGUCGGUCGUGGGCCAUAUGGAAUGGUAUCUGGCAAAGGCAUUCCUGUCCACGACGUCAUCAUCAAGACAAGACUUCAAUUGCUGGUGCUGCUUGCAUCAGCGCCAGGCCAAUGUGUAGUACCUAUGGGGGAAAAGGCACACUGCGACCCGCAUUGA